GAGCCGGAGAGACGCGGUGGCGGCGGCCGCUGCACAGCCUCCUCUGCCCGCGGGAAGUCGUCCGGGCUUGAGGCCGGGCCCCAGACGCCCCGCUUUGCCCCGUGGCGCCGCCGAUGGUGCCGGGCGCUCCUGCCCCCAGCGUAUGAGCAGCCCAGCUUGGUGACCACUGCUCCACAACUGUCCAUCCCCCCACGGCCACACCAUGUCCGGCUCCUACGAUGAGGCCUCACUAGCUCCAGAGGAGACCACCGACAGCUUCUGGGAGGUGGGGAACUACAAGCGGACGGUGAAGCGCAUCGAUGACGGGCACCGCCUGUGCAACGACCUGAUGAACUGCGUGCAGGAGCGCGCCAAGAUCGAGAAGGCGUACGCGCAGCAGCUCACCGACUGGGCCAAGCGCUGGCGCCAGCUCAUCGAGAAAGGCCCACAGUAUGGCAGCCUGGAGCGGGCCUGGGGUGCCAUGAUGACGGAGGCAGACAAGGUGAGCGAAUUGCACCAAGAGAUGAAGAACAGCCUGCUGAACGAGGACCUGGAGAAGGUCAAGAACUGGCAGAAGGACGCCUAUCACAAGCAGAUCAUGGGCGGCUUCAAGGAGACCAAGGAGGCUGAAGAUGGCUUCCGGAAGGCCCAGAAGCCCUGGGCCAAGAAGAUGAAGGAGCUAGAGGCAGCCAAGAAGGCCUACCAUCUGGCCUGCAAAGAGGAGAAGCUGGCCGUGACUCGGGAGAUGAAUAGCAAGACGGAGCAGUCGGUCACCCCUGAGCAGCAGAAGAAGCUACAGGACAAAGUGGACAAGUGCAAGCAGGAUGUGCAGAAGACGCAGGAGAAGUAUGAGAAGGUGCUGGACGACGUGGGCAAGACCACACCCCAGUACAUGGAGGGCAUGGAGCAGGUGUUUGAACAGUGCCAGCAAUUUGAGGAAAAGCGGCUAGUCUUCCUCAAGGAGGUGCUGCUGGACAUGAAACGUCACCUUAACCUCGCUGAGAAUAACAGCUAUGUCCACGUGUACCGGGAGCUGGAGCAGGCCAUCCGAGGGGCCGAUGCCCAGGACGACCUCAGGUGGUUCCGCAGCACCAGCGGCCCUGGCAUGCCCAUGAACUGGCCCCAGUUUGAGGAGUGGAACCCAGAUCUCCCUCACACCACCACCAAGAAGGAGAAACAGCCUAAGAAAGCAGAGGGGGUGACGCUGACCAAUGCCACUGGGGUAGCGGAGUCCACAUCCCAGGCUGGGGACCGUGGCAGCGUUAGCAGCUACGACCGGGGCCAGCCUUAUGCCACCGAGUGGUCGGACGACGAGAGCGGGAACCCAUUUGGAGGCAGUGAGGCCAACGGGGGCUCCAACCCCUUCGAGGACGACGCCAAAGGAGUGCGUGUGCGGGCGCUCUACGACUACGACGGGCAGGAGCAGGAUGAGCUCAGCUUCAAGGCUGGAGAUGAGCUCACCAAGCUGGGCGAGGAGGAUGAGCAGGGUUGGUGCCGCGGGCGGCUGGACAGCGGGCAGCUGGGCCUCUAUCCCGCCAACUACGUGGAGGCCAUCUAGCUGCCCUGCUCCCCUCCCCACUUCCCCUCCGUCCUCGCCCACCCCUCCCCUUCCUGUCCACUCUUGUCCCCCUCCCUUUGCCAUAGAGUUCCAGACAUAUUUUCCGAUCAAGCUUUUAUUUUUUUAAAAGUCAAAACAGAAGAAAACAAAAAAUAGAAAGAGACGGAGCAUUUGCAGGGCCGCCUGGAGGCCAGGGUGGUGGGACUCUGGUGAGGGCCCCAGGAUAGGUGAGGGUCUUAGGACUUAGCCCAACAGAGACAUCACCACAUCUGCUCUUCAGAUCCGGCCAAAGAGUCUCCUGAGCCCUGAGGGAUGUCUCCUGGACCCCUCUGUCCCACCUUGCUCCCCCAGCCCACUCCUCCCCACCCAGGCUACCAGCACCUGCCCCCUCCUCUGGGCCUGGUCUCCUGACCUCUUCCUCCUGCCCCACCCCACUCCCCUUCCACCACCUGCUCUCAAAGGCGCCCCCUCCAGACCCCGAGAAGGGGGCCUCCCAGUCCUUGGUCUUCCACUUUGCCCAGGGGAGUGCCCUUCUUCUCCUGGCCUCACCCCUCAGGACCAGUGGGGCUGGAGGAGGAAUGGCCACCCUCCUCUUCCAUGGCCCCUAGACUCCCCCAGACACGAGAAGAGGCGAGCGGAGUCCGUGACAGUGUCGCUGGGUGUAGGAGGGGGAGUGAAGGGGGAGCAGGCCCUCAGCCCUCCCACCGCCAGGCUCAGCUGAGGGACCAAGGCCCUGCUGGGGCCCUUCUUUCCAGCUGUCAUCACUGGGCACAGGCUUUUCCUUGGAGCCACACCCCUCUGUCCCUUGCAGAGACCCUGCCCCUCUCAUAAAUCCUCAGGCGGCGGGGCGGGGCCCCACAGCCCAGGGCAAAGCCAGCAACAGUAGCAGCCUCCUCCCAUUUCCUGGGGAGGAGGGCAUCUUGCCCACCCACCCGACCUCCCCCCAUGUCCAUCUCAAACCACAGACUCACUAGGCUCAGCCAAGCCUCCAUGAGACCCAGCUUUGUGGCCUCCCACCCCUCUCUCCCCUUCUCUGGCCCGCCUGGGGAGACACUGCGGGGCCCAUGGGAGAGUCCAGCCUGGGACCAGCAGGUGAAAGCCUGCAGCCAAUGGGAGAGGCACGGGUUUGGCAGGAGGGAGGAGCCCUGGCCUCAGGAGCAGGACAGUCACCAGGUCUUUCUUCCUUGUCCCCUUCCCCCCAACCCUAGCCCUAGCCCCUGGAGCAACAUUCCCCCUGCUGGCAGCCCUGCCAUAUCACCAAGCCUGGGUCCCCGUUAAAGGACUUUGGGGGGUGGGAGGAGGCAGAGGCCUGCCCAGAGCAGGAGCGUUUCCUCUGGUUGGUGGAAGAAAGUGGUGCUGGGUACUAAGUAUCAGUACCCCAGGAGAGGGCGCAGGGUGUGAGCCAGGCAGGACAAGACCCCCAGAGGCGGGGAAUGGCUGGAAGAGGAGUCUCCUGGAACCUCUGGGGUGAGGCUCUGAGACUUCCUGCAGCACUAGGUGACCUUCAGGGCUGAAGCCACUUCUGGGCCUCGGGACUGCAGACACCCUCUAUCUCCCACAGCUCCUGGCCCCCUGGGCCUCCAGGUAGAGGCAGUGUGAUACUGUCACCCCUCAGUCCUCCCUUGCUCCCUGCUUCUUCUCCCAAUAGCCCACUGUUAGGAGGUCGUGGACCCCAGCCUCAAGGCCCCGACCCUGCUGUGUGGCCACAGGAUCCUGGCAGACUCUGGCAGGGGCCUGAGCUGGGGCAGGCCUCCCUCAGGGCCAGGGGAGUUGGGGAGUGGGGACAAUGGCACCCCCAGGGACAGGCAGACUCCCCCCAGCACCCCCUUUCUUGUCACUGCUCUCUGGGCCUCUGCUGCAGCCUGAGCUGUGCCCGAAGCCCCUCAGAGCCUGAGGCAAGAUUUUGGAAGCCCUCAGACUCCAGAACAAAAGCCCCUCAGCCUCCCCCCAGGCAGGAGCUGGGGUUAGGGGCCUCGGCCCCUCACCCCGUACCCUUGAAAGGCAGGAAGCAGGCACCUGCACCUUGGGGCCUGGGCUCCCCCUCUCUGUGCCAGUGGCUUCCCGGCACAUGGGGAGGGGCUGUGGCCCUGGCUGGACCCCAGGCCUGUCCCCCUCAGCACUCUAGUUGCCCACUCUGGGGCAAGGACUCAAAACCCCAUUCAUUCUGAGCAACCAUCUCCACGGCCCCAUUUGGGACCACUCUCUCUUGGUCCCCAGGCUCCUCAGGACCCUGGAGUGGGAGGGUCUCACACCUGACAGUCCCCUGAGCUCCGGGGCCCAGCCCUACCUGUCAGUGCUGGUGUCAGGGCACUCAACACCCAGUGGGGGGGGCCACGCCCCUCACCGUGCCCACUGCCUCCUGUAGCCCCCGCCCCACCCUUGAUGCUGCACAGGCCCGCCCUGUGGGGCUCGGCGACUAAAGUGUUUCGUCCCCGUUCACCACCGUUCUGCGGCCUGGCUCUGCCACACCCACCGUCUGCCGCCCUAGGCUUCUGACUCCAUUAGUCCGACACUUGUGAAACUCCGAGAAGUGCUGUGGUCUCAGCAAUGCACCUGUUUUGUACAUGACUGUGUAAUUUAAAGGUAUAUAAAUACAAAUAUAUAUAUCUGUAAGUUGUGAUUGUAUGACUGUGGAUAAAAUCCAGAACUGUGUCAACCUGG